AGGUAUCACUGCAACCUGAGAGACAUGGCCUCGGCACCCAGACCCUCGGGGGUCAUAAAAAGGGCAGCCCUUGCAAAGUGUAAACACGCGCCGCAAAACCGCAUGCGCGAUUCAAUGAGUAAAACGUUUGGUACAGAAAUAGUCACAGUACGUGCCGGUCCGGGCGCUGAACCUUUCCAUAUCCACAGAAAUUUGAUCGCUCAUUGGUCACGAUACUUCCACAAUGCGUUCAAGGGAGGCUUCAGGGAGGCAGAAGAAAAGGAAAUCACACUUGACGACGUGGAACCUUGGCUGUUCAAGAUUGUUAUGGAAUGGCUCUAUACACAAAGGCUGGUGCUGGAAAACCGGAAAGAAGCAUUCGUCGAGGUGCUGAAGCGUAGAGAGCUCAACUUCUCAGAGAACAAGAACGACAAGGUCACGCCCUCAGCUAGGGAAUAUGUCGAGGUUACGGCUACGGACUCAGGUAGGGAAAGCGACGAGGUCACUGUCAUGGCCACGGUCCCGGAACAAGACCAGGUUCAGACAUCGGAGGGGACUGAUGAAAAGAGACCGUUCUUGUGUUUCAAAAGUCCCAAAGACGACAUAAUACGGGAUUCUGCUAUUGAACAUAUCAAACAUGUUGAGGUUCUGUUGUACAGAUUGACAGCGUUGGAAGACGAGGCCUUAGAGAUCUUCGCAGAGUUAAAUUGGGAGCUGCUGUUCUUAGAGGAGAUUUGUAUGGAUAUACCAUACACGAUCCUCUAUAGCACUCGCAUCUUGAAAGACCUCAAAAGAAUUCGAGAUUUGUCUCAUACCGAACUUCCCGAUCAUAUAAGAGUCCUCCUUCGAGAUCGGGCGACCAAAUUGCUGCAAGUCUGGCAAAGCAUACCGUACUUACACGCUGAAUACCCUAACGGCGAGCCAGGAAAGGGCCCUGAUCAGCUCGAUAGCUACUCGGUGCUCGUUGAUUUGUACAUUUUCGCCGACAAGUACGAUUUUCCGCAGCUUCGAUAUGAUAUUAUAGACGCAAUUCAUGUCAAGAACACCAUCUCCAUCCACUUUGUACCUGACAUCCACGCCCUCGUCAAGGCGUUCGACAACCUCCCUAGCACAUCUGGGCUAUACCGGUACUUAUUCGAAACGUGGGCGUGUGACUGGGAUGGGCAACACCGAAAGAUGGGAAGCGCCUCCGAGACGAUUGAGGAAUUGUUACCUAAACCCCUGGUAUUCGAAAUAAUGAUCAGGAGAUCUCGAGAAAUGAGUCUCGUACAUAAAACACCCAAGAGAACCCUGUUGCCAGGACGUUAUGAGUACAACAUUUGCCAGUAUCAUGAUCAUCCUCGUAAACCGAGCAAGGAGCCGGGAUUGAAUGCGGCUGUAGGGAGUGCAUGAUACGCUGCGCGUGUUUAUGUUACGGAUACAGUACCAGGAACAGCAAUUAAGCAAGUCCUUGGCCGGUAUGUUAUCAAGGUCUGACCGCGGCAAGAGAAUCCUAGCAAGAAAAACUUUCGUGUUUGGAGUGAAAGCACUACACUAUGGCGUUACUCUUGAGCGUGCCGUCAGCGCAAGCUUUUAUUUCGGAUUGAAUAUGGAGUCAAGGUUUAUGUUUAUGUUUGGAUACCGCAAGGUUAUAUCGGUCCGGCGGCGUUCUUAGGUAGGGCGGAUGGUUGGUCUUCUGCUAAUGGCACCCUAUUCGUUACGGGCGAUUGUAAUGCAUGAGGUAACAUAGUCAUUCGACAAAACCAAUAUUAAGACCCGAAUCGUGGCAUCAAC